AUGGACAACGACUCGGGUCGUCGUCUUACAUCACUCACGAAGUUUGCCAAAAUGCUCGAGUGUGCCAGUAAGCACCACGCACUUCUGGAGGACUUGUACGCGGACCCUGCGCCAUCGCGCGCACCCCCAUCAGUGCCCGUGCCCGCUACCACCCUUGCCGCCACCAACAGUCAACUGUCUUCGCUUCAGAAUGCCCCUGUGAGUCAAUGGACCACUGCAUCGCCUUCGCUACUCGCUCUUGUUCUCACCUUCGCGUUUGCACUAGGCUGA